AUGAAAGGUAUCGCUCGUUCUUUUGUAUAUUGGCCAGGGAUUGAUGCAGACAUCGAGCGAGUUGCUAAAUCUUGCACGGAAUGUGCCAAACACGCGCAUGCCCCUCCGAAAUCCAGGAAUCAUCACUGGGAGUAUCCCAAGGGGCCAUGGGAACGCGUGCAUAUCGACUACGCCGGUCCCGUAGCAGGCGUGAUGUUGCUUGUCAUUAUGGACGCGUAUAGCAAGUGGCUUGAAGUGAAAAUCACCAACUCUACGACUACUGCAGCGACAAUCGCAAUCUUAGACGAAUUGUUCUCAACGUAUGGUGCUCCAGUUACCAUUGUUUCAGACAACGGUCGCCAGUUCGUUUCUGCUGAAUUCGAAACGUUCCUACAAGUCAGCGACAUCAAAUACCAUAAACUCACGGCGCCGUAUCAUCCUUCGACAAACGGCCAAGCAGAGCGAUAUGUACAAACCAUUAAAAAUGCCUUAAAUACGAUGUCUACUACGCCAGGAUCCAUACAACAGAACAUAAACUCAUUUUUGCAACAGUAUCGGAAGGCUCCUCAUGCGACAACAGGACAACCUCCUGCUCAACUCUUCUUAGGUCGCAAUAUACGAACUCGAUUGGACUUGGUCCGACUCGACGACAUGUACACCAAGAUGAAGGAGAAAUAA